AUGGUUGUAGGGGCCACCAUGCUGUUCAUGGCCUCUCAGUGGAGACCGAAUGGCUCUCAUUGCUUUAGUAUGAUAAUGAUGCCUUAUGGGGGUCCAGAGGUGCAGCUGGUGAAUCCAGAACACCUGAGUCCAUUCGAUCACUUGAAAACGACUGCGGGGGUCUCUCUCCAGGUGUGUGCUGCCGAACAGAUGCGCACCACAGAAUCACCAGCCCCACCUGGAUCCAGCGGCUUUAUUCAGCAACCCAGCCCAAGCAUGGACCCAGUAGACCAGCUAUUACAUCUUCGUCAAGGAGGCUUAUCUAUUGAGGAGUAUGUUCACCGGUUCUUUCUGCCUGAUCCGCCUUGGUGGUAUCCUGCACCAUCAGCUCCGCCCUGGUGGUUUUCUGCUCUGCCUGCUCAGCCAUGGUGGUCCUUAGCUCUGCCCUGGCUCUCUGUUCCACUGGUUCUGCCUUGGCUUACUGCUCCGCCCUGGCUCCCUGCUCCGCAGGCUUCACCCUGGCUCUCUGCUCCGAUGGCUCCGCCUUGGCUCACUGCUCCACCUUGGCCCUCUGCUUCGCCAGUUCCACCUUGGCUCUCCGCUCCGCCGGCUCUGUCUCAGUCAAUGAAACCUUUGUAA